AUGGGUUAAUCGCAAUCCCAAAAUUUAGAAUAAUCACGUAUGAGUGUUCCAAAAAUCAACUAAUUACAAUUUUGGAAAUCAGUGAAUGAUAUUCGUUAUGGUGAAAUCAAAGUCUACAAAUUAAAUGAUGGUCAUGCAGUUGCUGUAAAAGAUCACAUCUUUCAAGACGAGGGAUAAUGGCAUCUCUUUCGAGAACAAGCAGAAUAAUAAAUGUAAUCUAGAUAGAAAGAUCUAUUCCUAAUUGAAAUGCUGGAUUUAUAAUUUAUCACGGAAAAAGAACUAUGCACUCAAAUGACUUAAGCACAUAGUGUAUAUGAGUAUUUUGAUGAAUACUUGGAAAGACUUCUUGUAGAACAAGCUGCAUCUAAGCAACAUUUUGAAGAAAUAGAAAUAGCUGCCAUGCUACAUUGUACUUUGGUAGCCAUCUAAAAAUUGAGUAUUCAACAAAAGUCUCAUGGAGACAUUAGACCGCUUACCGUAAGUGUCACGUCAUUUCCUAAAAACUGUCCAAUCCGAUAAAAUGAACCCUAUCCUAUUUAUAAAUUAACCGAUGUUCAAUAACUAACAGACUUAAAUGCUUUCAAAAGAUGUGUUACUAAAUAAUUAGGGAACUAUAAUUUAAGUCCUGAAUAAUUGCAAUUUCUCAAAUAAAAAGUGCUUCGACCCACUUACGAUCUUAACAAAUCUGAUGUAUUCAGUAUUGGUUUGACUGCCCUGUAGAUGGCAAUCCUCAAAAAUAUCAACGAUAUUUAUGACUAUACUCAUUAUUUACUUAGCACAGAAAAAUUAGAUGCGCACAUAAGAGAAAUGAAAACACUCUAUAGUGAACAAUUGUGUUCUAUAGUGUGUUAAUUAUUGUAAUUAGCUCCUGAAACUAGACCUAAUUCAAGACAGGCCAAUGAUCUGUUGAUUGGUUAUAAAUUUCAACUUGAAGAUUAUUUCAGAUAAUCAACUAUUUAAGAAAGCUUACCUAAUUAUUCUAUUGAUUUUAGAUAGCAAAAUAGUAAUCAAAAAUUAGAGUAAUAAGUGGUUAGCAGAGUUGUAGACACUACUGAUAUUUAUGAACAAUUAGAACUACUGGAAUAAAGAACUAAAAUAGCACUUCAAAGAAGUUAGGAUGCUUAAAAUAAGUGUCAAAAAACACCAGGCAAGUAAUUAGACUAAACCAGAAGUUGUUAAUUAUACAGCAAUUUAACUCCCAUUACCUAAUAAGAACUCUAGUUGUAAUUGAGUGAUUACAAACAAGAUAAUAUAAAUCAAUAGGCUACCUACUACAAUUAACAGAACAACUAUCCAAAACACGAAAUUAAUCAAUUUUAGAUCCAGGAACACGAACAAUAUCAAUACAAUUAAUUAGAAAUUGAAGAUAAACCUAAGCAAAAUGUAGUAGAAUAAUUGCCUCCUUCAAAUAUACAAGUUAUAGAACCAAGACCAAUAACUUACAAUGAAAAUAUAAUUAAAUAAUAAUAAUUAAUUGAGUCCAUUAAUACUGAUUAAACAAAAUCGUAUUAAUAUUCUCAAUAGUAUCAAAAUCAAUCAAAAUAUUAACAACAAUAAUAUUCUUAAUAAUAUCAAAAUCAAUCAAAGUAUCAACAAUAGCCAAGGUAAUCCCAGCUUCUUAGAGAUUAAGAAUUGACCAGAUAAUUGACUGGACAAUAGGAAGCAUUAUUAAACUAUUAGUAAGAACAAGAAAAUCACCUGCAGUCUCCUUAUUCCUCAAAAUAAGAUAUUCAUCAUCAAUUCGUAGAACACUUUGAUUCUAAAAAUCAAGUUGGAGUAAGAUUAUCAGGCACCUAAGCAUAAGUUCAGAGACAAUUGACUGGUUCCAUAGUGGAAACCAGAAGAUCGAUUCAUUAAUGA